UCUUCAGAUAUCAAAUAUAAUACCAAUCAACCUCCUAAAAACAUACUCAUGGCUGCCAUACUAUGCAUCGUAGUUUUCUUGCUAGCUCCUUUGCUCUCCCACGCCGCUGAUCCUGAUCCCUUAUUGGACUUCUGUGUAGCAGACCUCAACGCCUCUCCCUCGUUUACCAACUUCCCAUGCAAGCCUACCUCAAAUGUCACCUCCGAAGAUUUCUUCUUUGAUGGAUUUAUGAAGGAGGGCAACACAUCGAACCUCUUUGGAGUCGGUGUCACACAAGGAAAUGUUCUCGCAUUUCCUGCCCUAAACAUGCUUGGACUUUCAAUGAACCGGGUUGAUCUAGCUCCUAAUGGACUGAACCCGCCUCACUCCCACCCACGAGCAACUGAAAGUGGGGUGGUGAUCAAUGGAAAAAUCCUAGUCGGGUUUGUGACUACAGGGAAUGUGUUCUACUCCAAGGUGUUGCUUCCGGGGCAGAUGUUUGUGAUUCCCAGGGGGUUAGUCCAUUUUCAGAAGAAUGUAGGAGAUAAGAAGGCAGUCAUUAUAACAGCUUUCAAUAGCCAGAAUCCAGGGGUAGUGAUUUUACCCACAACUCUAUUUGGUGCACAACCUUCAAUUCCUGAUCAUGUUUUGGCCCAAACUUUCCAAGUUGAUUCGAACAUUGUCCAUGGAAUAGAAUCCAAAUUUGGCUCGCCAAUUUACUAGGAAGAUCAUUCCAAAUUGAUUUUACUGUGAAGAUUUUCUUUAUUCUUGUAGCAGUAUUUUGUGAACAAGGAUCGAAGCUAUUUUUUUUUUUUUUUUUUAUUAAUAUAAUAAAUGAUGCAUCUUUUUGAGUAGCUGGCCUGCUCAAAGACAUCAAAAUAUAUAUAUUUGAGUUUUAUGCAAACUUUUUGGGUUGUUUCCUGAAUGAAUGGAUAAAGUCUUGUUAUUCA